CAAUCAGAAGAAACCACGAAAAGAGACGAACGAAAGAUGGAUUGUGGCUCUGUCAAAUAAUUAUUUUGUAUUGAAAUUGAAUUGUUGUGAAUUAGUUAUAAUAAAGACUGCUGUAAUUAAAUUAUUAUUUAAUAAUGGACUACUUAGUGAAUAUUAACUGGAACAAAAUCACACCAUGCCUUGUCUUAUUAGUGCUAGAAGUAAUGUUAGAAUUUUCAGAGUGUGCGACGCCGGCGGAGGUUAACAAACAUUUGGAUUUGGGCCGUGACUUCUUGGCUCGGGGUCAGCUAUCAGAUGCUCUGACACACUAUCAUGCCGCCGUAGAGGGGGACCCACACAAUUACCUCACAUAUUUCAAGCGUGGCACAGUAUACUAUGCUCUUGGGAAAGCCAAGUUUGCUCUACAAGACUUCACUAAGGUAUUGGAGAUUAAGUCUGACUUCACAGCAGCACGCCUGCACCGAGCCAAUGUGUACCUGAAACUGGCCCAGUAUGUAGAUGCCAAAGAAGAUUUCUUACAAGUUACAUAUGCGGAACCGUACAACGAGGAGGCGAUCAGCCAGUAUCACAAGAUCGACGCGUACAUCGAGGACCUGCGACUAGUGGAGGCGUACUACCGCGGCGGGGACUACCGCGCCGCCGUGGAGCUCGCCACCAGACUGCUGGACACCUCGCCCUGGUCGGCGCAUCUACGGCAACUGCGGGCAGAGUGCUAUAUUGGACUGAACGAUCUCUUCUCAGCGGUGUCAGACAUUCGGUCAGUGAACAGACUGCAACAGGACUCCACCGACGGGUACUACAGACUGGCUACUUUGUUGUACCAGCUCGGACAUGUCAAUGAUGCUCUUAAGGAAAUCCGAGAAUGUCUGAAGUUGGAUCCGGAGCACAAGAAAUGUUUCCCAUUCUACAAGAAGGUGAAGAAGGUAGACAAGUUCCUGUUGGACUGCGAGCAGGCCAGCGAGGCGCGCGACUACCCCGCCUGCGUGGCCAGCGCCAACAAACUGCUUCGCGCGGAGACUGACGUCACGCUCGUUGUCUUCGACGCCAGGCGCUGGCUCUGCUCCUGUCUCACCAAGGACGAGCAAUGGUCGGAGGCGCUGUCGUCGUGUGGGUCGGCGCUAGAGUUGCAGCGCGACGCGCGCGUACUCUGCGACCGCGGGGACGCACUGCUCGGACUCGACAUGUUCGACGAUGCUAUUCAGUCAUUCAAAGAGGCGUUAGAGUUAGAAGAAGGAUUGCAACGGGCGAAGGAUGGACUCAGUCGCGCGCAAAAGUUGCAGAAAAUGUCAGAGCAGAGAGAUUACUAUAAGAUAUUAGGUGUUAAGAGGUCUGCGAGUAAGCAGGAAAUUAUUAAGGCGUACCGCAAGGCGGCGCAGAAGUGGCAUCCUGACAACUUCCAGGGAGAUGAGAAGAAACUAGCGGAGAAGAAGUUUAUUGACAUCGCCGCCGCUAAGGAGGUACUGACGGACCCGGAGAAGCGCGCGCAGUUCGACGCGGGCAGCGACCCGCUGGACCCGGAGGCGCAGCGAGGGGGGGGAGGGGGGCCCUUCCACAACCCCUUCCACCACUUCCAGCACGGCUCGCCCUUCCAGUUCAAGUUCCACUUCAACUGAACCUCCCACCACUCGCCUCCGCUCCCACUCGUCCUCCAGCAGACAGAAUCGCGUAGAGUACACGACAUAUACAUACAUACUUGUUACUGUGAUAAUGUUAUAACUUGUUCCGAUCGACACUUUUCUGUCGUCCACCGAAUGUAAAUAUUGUACAAUUAUGUGGCUAACAAAUAAAUUAUGAAAUAUUUAGUAAAAAACACUCAUUUACACGAAACUGAACUACGCAAAAACUUUUAUUUGUCGUGAAAUGUGAAAUAAUCAAUGUACUCUAAACGAAGUAUCAAGCUAAUUUUCAACAUGGUAACAACAUAAAAAUUAUAUUAUUGUCAUAAGUUGGGAACAACGAUUGUUAUUAUUACAUUUUGAUCUCCAACAUUUUAAAAUAUAAUUUAGCACAAUUUACAUCGCUAGAUAUAAUUAAAAAAAAAGGGAAAUAUUACACUUUUGGCUCAAUUUUGGAAUGCUUCGCAAUAAACGCAUAUUAAUAUUGUUUGUCAAAAGUUAAAUUGGAAUGUUUUCAUACUAACUGCUUUUAACACUAAGUACAAAACAUGUGCAUUAUAAUACCUUUAAUUCGAGCGUCGAGUCAAACGGACUGUGAAGUAGCCUGGUCUCCGGCCAGUCCGCAUACAGACUAUACAAACAGAAUGUUUGUUCGUAUACAUAAUAAGUAUACCUCGUCAGUACUGGCGGACUGUGGUGUUAGAGUUGUUCGUGGUACAAAUGGAACGCGAACUUUGCAAAGACUAUUUGUACAUACUGUAGCGAAAAAAAUAUGUUCUACUGGUCACCUAUUUUUUUCGCUGGUAGACAAUAUUGUUUGUGAAUGAGAAAACUUAGCUGUGGUCAGUUUUAAGGUACCAAGGUAUCGUCCAAAGUCACUGCAGUUACACGUCGACAUGUUUACAAACAUAGUUUCAUUGCGAAUAACAUGAAACUUUACUGCGCCAUGUGGUCGAUAAAUAAAUAUUUAUUUAUUAAUAAGUUAUUUUGUUGUGAUUUCUAUAACUUUGUAAAUAUUACAGGAAUAUAAUAACGUAAAAA